AUGUUUAGAAUUCUAAACAGAUCUUGGACCUUUCUAAGAACACCUGCAAUUCGUAAUCUAGUGAUACCGACAAGUAUUGCUCUUUUCUAUUCUCAAAAGCAAACAUGUUAUUACAAGUUAUGGAAUGAAUCCCUAAAGCCCCUUCCUGGUGGAGAUACUUUUGAAAUGGGAUUGUAUUUGGCAUCACAACAUGAAUUGAGACAGGAGGUUAUUCAAAAAAGAUCAAAUCGUUUACGAACUUCAAGUAACUCGAUAAUUCGUCAAUUAAAAAGAUUAUGGUUUGAGGUUAAGGAUCAUUUGGUGGAACCGAUAUAUACCAUGUUAAGGUUUAUCGAAAUAUUCGCGAUCUUUGCGCCAGUUCUAAUAUGUUACCCAAUAACUUUCUUUGGUAGACGUCACAAACUGGAUCGUGAUGAAGUUCAUAUUUUGGAGACAAGCGGUUCACUGAUAUGGUAUCGUUUAUUGAGAAAGGCUUUAGAACUAGCGGGUCCCAGUUUUAUCAAAUUGGGACAAUGGGCAGGAUCCCGUACUGAUAUGUUUUCACCAGGUCUUUGUCAUGAACUAUCCAAUUUACACAGUAAUUCUAAACCACAUUCUUUGAAAUACAGUAAGCAAAGGAUCUGUCAAAGUUUAGAUAAUCAGUUCGAAUUUGACGAAAUUUUUGAUGAAUUUAGAGAGAAACCACUAGGUGUCGGGGCCAUUGCACAAGUUUACAUGGGUAAACUAUCAGAUAAAUUUAUCAGAAGUAUGCAGAAUCAAAAUACUGAUUUUGAUGGAAAUGACAGCGAUGGGUGGGUUGCAGUGAAAGUUAUUCACCCCAACUGCGGCAAAAAGAUUAAUAGAGAUCUGAAGAUUAUGCAAUUUAUUGCCAAUGUUAUCGACGAACUACCUACAAUGGUGUGGUUAUCAUUGCCUGCGGAAGUAGAACAAUUUUCCAUCUUGAUGAGGUUGCAAUUGGAUUUAAGGAUCGAAUCAUUAAAUUUAACACGAUUUAAUAAAAAUUUCGAAAAUUCAUUACAGACUAAAUUUCCUCGAGGAUUCCCACAAUUUUCUAGUAGAGAGGUUUUAUUCGAAGAGUAUAUCCAUGGAUUCCCCAUGGAGACCUUUUUACAAGUUAAGGAUAAAUUGAGAAGCACAGAAUUGUGCAAAAAAGUCAGUGAUCUAUUCAUAGACGCAUUCCUACAGAUGCUAAUCUUGGAUGAUUUUAUCCAUGCAGAUUUACACCCUGGUAACGUUAUGAUAAGAUUUCUCAAAACUGACAAGUAUGGUACGCAUGUCACUUCAACUGAAAGAGAGCAUUUUAGCAUUGUUCAUAAACUACGUCAAUUGGCACAUGAAAAUAAUUCAGAUGAAUUGGUUAAAGAACUGAAAUAUGCACUCCAAGAAUACACACCACAGAUAUGCUUUAUAGAUGCAGGACUCAUCACGGAACUCAAUAAGCAAAACCGUAUCAACUUCAUUGCACUGUUCAAUGCAUUGGCAAGAUUCGAUGGAUACCAAGCUGGUGAGCUAAUGAUUGAAAGAUCAAGAACACCGGAAACUGCAGUUGAUAAAGAAUUGUUUGCAUUCAAAGUAGAAAAAUUGGUUACCAAGGUGAAAAAGAGGACAUUUACACUGGGGACCGUCUCUAUAGGUGAUCUACUAGAUCAAAUGCUCACCAUGGUAAGAUCCCAUCAUGUAAGAAUGGAAGGCGAUUUCGUGAGUGUUGUUGUAGCAAUACUACUACUAGAAGGAAUAGGAAGACAGUUAGAUCCCGAGUUGGACUUAUUUGCAAGGUUCGUAUCAUUUUUUUUCAUUUACGGAUUCCACUAG